GGUUACUAUGGAGAAAUCAGUAUCGGGACGCCACCGCAAUCAUUCAACCUUAUUUUCGACACUGGAAGUUCUGAUUUAUGGGUUGUAUCGUCGGAAUGCACGAAUGAUAUCUGUGAUAAGGAAGAGGAUAAUGAAUUUGCUGCUGCCGAUGGCGAUAACUUUAUCAGAAUUGACUAUGGCACCGGAAAUAUGGAGGGACAAUUGGGACGUGACACGGUGCGCUUGGCUAACGAUCAAAUUAUUAUUGAGAGCCAAGCCAUCAUUGAUGCUCACAGUUUGUCACCAAACUUCAAACAGCUACCUAUACAUGGUAUUUUUGGGCUUGGACUCCAGAAUUUAAGUAGUUUGAAAGGUUUUACUUCGCCAAUUGAGUCCAUGAUAAAUCAAGGCUUACUAGACGAACCUUUAUUUGCUAUUUAUUCGGAACAAGAGACUGGAGAAAUAGACUUUGGCGGCGUGGAUACAAACCGCUUUGAAAACGAUUUAUUAUACCUAAACGGGAUCAGUGAUGAGUUUUGGAUGAUAUCAGCAGAUAAGGUUCACUUUGGGACAACAGUCUAUAACGACCGCAAAGCUAUCAUUGAUAGCGGAUCAAGUUUGAUCAUAAUGCCCAAGGAAGAUGCAAUAGCAUACCAUAAACAAAUAAAAGGUGCUGUUUACAAUAGAGACGGAACUUGGUCUUUCCCGUGCCAAGCAAUUGAUUCCAUGCAUUCGUUGGUGAUAAAUACUGAAAACAUCAAUUUAACCAUUCCGCCAGAAGGUCUCUUUUUAACUCAAAGCAACUCGCUAGAUAAAAAAUGCUUAUCGGGCGUAUCUACACAGGCAACAGGAAAUAGUGAAGUAUGGAUCUUCGGUGAUGUAUUUUUGAGAAACUUUUAUACAGUAUUUGAUAUUAGACGGAAACAAAUAGGCUUCGCCAAACCAAAAAGAAGAUAA